ACGAGGAUGCGCGUGCAAGGGUUCUUACGCAUGCGUGUUUUUUUUUGUGAACGCGCGUAGUCUGACAAAAGUUGGUCGUAAAACUCGGUCGCAAGAUUAAUGGGGUUCUUUUGAGCAUGACGGUUGCUGGAUCUUAUGUGGUCCCAAAUCUGUGCGCUGGGAAUUCCUUUAAGACUCGGAGGAGAUGAAUUACGAAUUCGAGCGAGAGACGGGCUUUAUCAAUAGUCAGCCGUCGCUCGCUGAGUGCCUGACAUCUUUUCCCCCUGUCGCUGAUGCAUUUCAAAGUUCAUCAAUCAAGAGCUCGACGCUUUCACGCUCGACACUGAUUCCUCCUCCUUUCGAGCAGACCAUACCAAGGCUGAACCCGGGCAGCCACCCUCGCCACAGCCGCCCCAAGCAGAACCCAAACGGCGUGUGCCCGCUGCCCGCAGCCUCCUUACCCCCGGAGUACCCGUGGAUGAAGGAGAAAAAAGCUUCAAAGAAAAACCAGACCUCAACUGCAGCCACAACCGAGCCUGCACCACUCUACUUCUCUCCUGAAGGUUCGCCGGAGGUUUCUGACGGUGGCGGAGGUGGCGGUGGUACACGCAGAUUGAGAACGGCCUACACCAACACACAGCUUCUGGAGCUCGAGAAGGAGUUCCACUUCAACAAGUACCUGUGCAGACCACGGAGGGUGGAGAUCGCCGCGCUGCUGGACCUCACGGAGAGGCAAGUCAAAGUGUGGUUUCAGAACCGGCGCAUGAAACAUAAGCGCCAGACGCAGUGCAAGGAAAAUCAGAACGGCGAGACGAGAACUGUGAGUCUGGAGGAGAAUACCAAUCAUGGCAAGGUUUUUUACGAACAAUCGGGAACCAACACCGUUUCCGGGGCUCUCUUGGAGAACGAGAGUUACGCGUUCCAGCAGAACACUCCGCAGAAUGGACACAAUGGCGAGUCGCCGAGCUCUACUGUUUCACCACUAAACAGUAAUGACAAAAAUCUGAAACAUUUUCCCAACCCGUCACCCACUGUUCCCGUGUGCGCCACUACAAUGGCUGGGGACGGCGCAGCUGCUCGGGACAAUAGCACUCCUCCAGGCCUGGACAGCCCCAUGCACGACUUUCACGUUUUCACCACAGAUUCCUGCCUGCAUCUCUCAGAUGCCAUCUCUCCGAGUGUUUCAGAGACAGUGGACAGCCCCAUGGGUUUAAACACAGACACAUUUGAUUUCUUCUCGGAGACGCUCACGACGAUCGACUUACAACACUUGAACUACUAACAGUUUUUUGAGCACAAGGAAGCCCCGUUAUCUUUCUCUACGUUGACGGAUGGUCAGUCUGUUUUACUUAUAACGUUUAAAAAAUUAGGCAUAGACCAUUAGCCUGGGAAGGGUUCAAUUUAACACGAGUGAUUGAAUGAUUAUUUGUGUUUACAGCGCAAAAAAAAACAAACAAAAAAGAUAUUUUUUUGUUUUUAUUUUUGUAUAAUCUUUGCGGCAGUGUGCCAUAUUUUCUUAAAAUAAAUUGUUUUUACAUACGAAGAUAAAGCAAGGCCGCUGUGUUUUGCAUACAUUUGCACAAAUUUGCACUUAUUUGUAAUACAUUACUCCGCGCCAAAAGUGAAAUUCACUAAAUGAAACAAAAAAAAAAAUCAAAUCAUAUUAUGAAUUAAAUCAUAUGUAAUUAUAUGGUGUGGAAUUACAUGCAACUUUUUAGUUUCAUUAGACUCAAACAUUUGUAAAGUUUUAUAAACAUUGUUGUUGCAACAUAAAAACUUUAGAGCGCCGUAAAUUUAAACAAAAGCAAGCCUGUUGAAAAUAACCGGGACAUGCUACGUACUUUAAUAUAAGCAAAAUCUGAUCAAACAUUUAUUGAACAAAUAUAUAUAAAUAUUAAUAUAUAAUAAUAUUAAUAUCUUAAUAUUAGCCAUUGGCCAUAGAUAUGCCUAGAUAUAAAAAUAAUAAUAAAAAUAAAAAAUACUACAUGAAAACGUUCCCUGUUGGGGCAUGGCCGGGAAAACAAACUCUGAGUGUAUCGGAAACACGGAUAGCUCCCUGCCCAAGAGCUGUAGCUUUCAAGAGUUUAGCAAUUAAAUUUUAUAGCCUAUUAAACCUUCAACAGCGGGGUUAGUGUCGAAGCUGCAGUACGAGUAAUUCAAUAUAGAGCUAGAGACGGUCAGUGAACUCCACUCACCAUUAGUCACUAGAAAGAAAUGUAACUGAUUGUAGAUUCAGUUCGGAAACAAUAUGUAUGUAUUUAUUCAUUCAUUUAAUUAUUAAUUACUUGAGCA